AUGACGAGUAGUUGUAGUAGUUGUUUUGUCCUUUCGUGCUCUUAGAUUUGUGCAUGGCUCAUUCACGAUGACGACUCCGCAGCCGCAGCCAAAACGUGGAAUUGUAAAACAGAUUCUUUCUGGCGAUUCUGUGAUAAUAAGGGGACACGUUGGUGCCCCUCCUCCAGAGAAAACAUUGUUUUUCUCUAAUGUUGUUGCUCCAAAGUUGGCCAGACGAGCAAUUGAAAACUUGGAGGAAACUAAAGAUGAACCAUGGGCUUGGGAAGCAAGAGAAUUUUUGAGAAAGAAACUUAUUGGUGAGGAAGUACUUUUUACCUGUGAGAAGCCACCAAACUCUCAGAGGGAAUAUGGAGUGGUUUAUUUGGGAAAAGAUGUUUCAACAGCAGAAAAUAUCACAGAAUCCAUGGUCUCUGAAGGUUUGGUAUCUGUAAGGCGUGAAGGAGUGAGGCAGACACCUGAGCUUGCACAUUUACAAGAACUUGAGGAUGCAGCAAAAGCUGCAGGCAAAGGAAAGUGGGGAGGAAAUGCUGCCGAACAUGUUCGGGACAUCAAAUGGUCUAUUGAGAAGAUGCGCGAUUUUGUUGAUCAGCAAGGGGGCAAACCCAUUAAAGCAAUCAUUGAACAUGUCCGAGAUGGAUCCACAGUGCGAGCAUUUUUAUUACCCGAUUAUUAUCACAUUACGCUCAUGAUUUCAGGAAUUAGGUGUCCUGGUUUUAAAUUGGACGAUAAAGGUAAGCCGGACACUUCGGUAAAGGUGCCAUUUGCUGAAGAGGCUCGAUAUUUCGUUGAAAUUCGCCUUCUUCAACGUGAAGUUGAAAUAGUAUUGGAGUCGGUGAAUAACAACAAUUUUGUGGGUACCAUUUUACAUCCAAAAGGUAAUAUUGCCGAAGCACUCUUGAAGGAGGGCUUUGCCAAAUGUGUAGAUUGGUCAAUGGCCUUUAUGAAAUCGGGUGCUGAUAAACUGAGAGCAGCUGAGAAAAAGGCGAAAGAGGCAAAUCUUAGAGUUUGGAAGGAUUAUCAGUCAAAGGUUCCCCAAAUCACUGGGAAAGAGAAAGAAUUUAGUGGGACAGUUAUAGAAAUAAAUGGCGGAGAUUCUUUAACAGUAAAAUUACCAAAUGGCCAAACAAAGAAAAUCUUCCUUUCCAGUAUUAGACCACCUCGAGAAGCAGGACGUGACCCGAACGAAGACGGCAAACUUCCUCCAAGGCCAAAAGGUUUUCGCCCCCUUUACGACAUCCCAUGGAUGUUCGAGGCCCGUGAAUACCUGCGCAAGAAGUUGAUUGGUAAAAAGGUGCAUGUAGUUAUAGAUUAUAUUCAGGAGGCGCGAGACAACUUUCCAGAAAAGACAUGCGCAACCGUCACAAUCGGUGGGCUCAAUGUGGCUGAAACAUUGGUAUCAAAGGGAUUAGCAACAGUCGUUCGUUACCGACAGGACGACGACCAAAGGAGUUCCCAUUAUGACGAACUACUUGCUGCAGAGAUGAAAGCCAACAAAAGUCAGAGAGGAUUGCACUCGAAAAAGGAAAAUGUCACCAGAGUGAUCGAUAUCGACGCUCCGAAAUCAAAAACUUUCUUAUCAUCAUUCCAAAGGGCGGGCCGGAUCGAUGCUGUUGUCGAAUUUGUUGCCAGCGGUUCACGUCUUCGACUUUUCAUUCCUAAGGAGCACUGCCUUUGUACUUUUCUCUUGGGCGGUGUAAAUUGUCCGAGGGCGGCGAGACCUGCAAUGGGAAAUGCCCCUGCCACAGAAGCCGAGCCCUACGGCGAAGAAGCUCUGGCUUUUACGAAAGAGAAAUGUCUGCAACGAGAAGUAUCUAUUCAGGUCGAUACAGUAGAUAAAGCUGGCAGUUUUAUCGGCUGGUUAUGGAUUGAAAAUACGAAUUUAUCGGUAGCUCUUGUCGAAGAAGGUUUUGCUACAGUUCACCCCAAUGCAGACCGAACAGAAUACUGGAGGCAAUUAAAGAACGCCGAAGAUACAGCUAAACAAAAGAAAUUGCGACAGUGGAAGGAAUUUGUUGAAGAGAAAGAAGAAGAAUUGAAGAUUAAAGAAGAACAAUCAAAUCCCGAUAGGAAAGUCGAAUAUGAAGAAGUUUUGGUAACAGAAGUGACGAAUGAUGGAACAAUAUUUGUACAAAGCUUUCAGGAAGGUCCUAAGGCUGAGGUGCUGAACGCUAAAAUUCGACAAGAAUUCCAGGUGAAUCCACCACUUGCAGGUGCUUAUAAUCCGAAACGAGGGGACAUUUGUGCUGCUAAAUAUUCCGUUGACAACGAGUGGUACAGGGCCAAGGUCGAAAAAUUACAAGGCACCACCGCUAGCAUUCUCUACAUCGAUUAUGGUAAUCGAGAGAAUGUUAAUGUAACCCGCCUCGCAAGUCUUCCCGCUGCCUUUACUGCCGACAAGCCAUUCGCAUCCGAGUACUCACUGGCGUGCGUAACACUCCCGAAGGAUCCCGAGUAUCGAGAGGCUACACUAAAAUGCCUACGAGAGGACACCGCUGACAUCAAGUUACUCCUCAACGUUGAAUACAAGAUUCAAGGGUCUCCUCCCUCAGUUACGCUUGUCAAUGAGAACAAGGAAGACAUCAUAAAAAGCCUGAUAGAAGAUGGAAUGUUCUUGGUUGACAAGAGGAAGGAAAGACGGCUGCAGAAACUGAUUUCUGAGUACAAAGAAAGCGAAGAAAAGGCAAGGAAAGCGCAUCUUAACAUUUGGGAAUAUGGUGAUAUCACAGAAGACGACGCUAAAGAGUUCGGAUUGGCAAAAUAAGAAAAAAUAGGGACCAAACAGAGCGGGUCAGCCCACUGCAUAACUUUCAUACACAAAUUAAUAAUAAAUAACGAUCAGUAAUUAAAUUAUGUAACGAAAUUAAAAAAAAAGAUAAAAACAGUUUAUAAAGACAAGGAUGCUAUUCCAAUGUGUAUUAGGACAGGUUAUACUGGUUAGGCAAUUUAGCAAAUGUAAAUGUAUACAUUUAUAUACAACAUGUACAUUUUUUCAGUAAAUCUGAUUUUGGUUUUGUCAUUUAUAUUAAUGACAUCAAUAAAGAAAAGGAAAAUGAAAUAUACACGGUGUUCACAAACAAAAAAACAAAGACAAAGGAAACUUGAUUAAUGUUAAAAUUAUUUAGAUCAAAUCGCUUGUUUUGUGGUAUAUUUUAUACAAUUUGUUUAGUAUACUCUACAGGAUGAAUAAAAAAACAUGCAAGUAUUAAAAAGCUUCUUUCUGUUUCAUAUUUUUUCUUUUUAUUUCGUCCUGUGCAUAACAUACUAAACUAAUUGUUAUUUUGGGAUAUUAAAUGCUAAUAAUGAAUGACUAAAUUAUUUAUAAACAUUGUGUAUAUUUUUUUGAAAAUCCGUUUUUUCCAGAUGUUCUUAAUUACGUUGCGUAUUACAUAGACGUUUUAAGUUUUAUUUGAAAACUAAUCCCAUCUUCGACUAUCUUGACCAUGUCCAAAAUACCAAAAUAGUAUUUGAUAUAACUUUACCGAAAUUUGUGUUAUUAGUAUACAUGCAUUAUUAACAUUCGUUUCGUUCGUCGUUAUUAUUAUAAAUGUAUAUUUUUGCAUUUUU